CUUAGGAAAAUAAAGGUCCCCCUCGGUCAGUCAUGAAUCGCUGAAGUGGACCCUCGCUGAAAUGUUGGAGCGGCCCCAGAGCCCCCGGCUACGCACACAGCACAUCAACCCAUGAUCUCAUGGUCCUCACUUCAUCCCUGCCCGAUGUAUGGGAGCAGACAUCCGCGCAGAAAUGCCCCCAAAAGAGCCACAGCUCACCGGACAACGUGCACUGACCGCAGCCAAAUGAGAAUCUAGGUAAAAUACACAUAUGUUUUCUCUCUUUAUUUUUGCAUGCCUGAUUCAGUUUAAACUAUUCGCUAGAGUACUUUGACUGCUGUGAAACACUUUGAAUAACAACUUUAAUGUGUGUACCACAGUUUCAACAAGAUUAUUGGCACAGAAUAAAGAGAUUAUGGCGUUUAGUGGUGUUUGUAUACUGCAUAUGGACUGGAUUAUGUGAUAGAAUUUAAAUACAUAAUUUGAAAUUGUUUGUAUUAAUUCUUAUUUGCAGAUUAUUUUAUGUAUCUACUUAUUUUGGUACUGUAAUAUUGGGGGCAUUUAGCACACAUUUCAAUAAUUAAGGAGUUUAUUAUCACUGCUAGAAACUGCAUCUCUCUGUUUGGGUGUGGUUACUACUGUCUGAAGCAUGCUGUGUGUCUGUAAAAUACAUGAAUCUUAUGUUAUUCACUGAAUAUUUACUGCUAUACACAGACUGUUGCACCUCUGUACAUUGUUUUUGAAACUUUUCUUUUUUUCUGCUAGGAUGGAAAUGUUGCUGAGGGGAAACCUGAGGACAGGAGUGGCGCUCUGCCUUCUGCUGUUGGCUCUCAGACACGAGGCCACAGGCCAGAGAAGGAACACAGGACGCAGCAACAACUACAGGCUGCAUGACGAUGGAGGAAAUGGUAAUUUCGUUUAUAUGAGGUAUCCACAUGUUGGUGCUGAAGGUCAGGUAUUUGAGACUACUGUGGGUGUCUCCAGGUGGGAGGAUUAUAGUUUGUACUGAGCAGCAAACAGAUCAACAUUUGAAUAACAGGGGAAAUAGCAUCCAAAUCAAACAUCAUUUAUAAAAGAGGUUUUUCUUUAUUGGUUGUUGCAAGUAAUGUUAAUGAAAUUAGAGUAAUAUCGAGCCAAAUACAAGAAAACUAAAGAUGGUUAAACAUUUAAAAGUGCAACAUCCUGGAAAAAGAGAGGGAAGGCAUCACAGGGUUGUGAACUGGUGCUAUAUGAGUAAAGAGUGAUUCAUUAACUGAUUUAUAAAGUGGAAACAACAGUGAAGAUGUUAAAGAUAUUUUCACCACCAAUCAAGACCUGUUAAGGUUUGAGUUUUUUGCCUUGUAGACAUCAACAACUACGCAAAAUGUAUAUAUUUCUAGCAUUAUUGUUUCUUGCAAAGUGGAACAAACUCGAAUCUUUCAGCAGAAAUUCUUCAGAGAAAAUGUUGAUUUAAAAGUUGCAGGUACACAGGAGUAAUGAAAAGUAGCAUGAGUCAGUGUUUUUUUUUUUGUUGUCACUUUCAAUCAGAUUAGCAGUCGGGUAAUCCUUGGUUUGAAAGUCAAACAUCAACGUUUUUUUAAGGGUUUUUGUGCUCAUGAUUGUACACAUAAAACAGAGCUCACAGGUCUAAGAGGCCACAGGCCAGAGAAGGAACACAGGACGCAGCAACAACUACAUUCACGAGAAUUUGAUUUGCUGUGUCUCAUUUCCUCUCUCCUUAUUUCUGUCUGAAGGUCAGGUAUUUAAUCUCUUCACAGUAAAAGGAUUAGAGUUUGUACUCAGCAGCAAACUAGAUCAACAUUUGAAUAACAAGGAAAUAGCAUCCAAAUUAUCAUCUUUGCUGUGCACGCUCUUCUCUACAUUUACCUGAGUUUUUGUUGGUUUUCUCCUCCUGCAGGUAUGAUGUGUUCACUGGAGGUGGCUUUCAUCCUGGACAGCUCAGAAAGUGCAAAAAUCUUCCUGUUUGAGAAGCAGAAGGCCUUCGUGUUGAGUUUCAGCACCCGUCUCGCCAUGCUGCAGGUCGCCGGCUGGACUCUGAGGGUGCGAAUGGCCGCCCUUCAGUACAGCAGCUCUGUAUCCAUAGAGCACAGAUUCUCCGACUGGAAAGACCUGGACUCGUUUCACAGUCAAGUCAGCACCAUGAACUACAUCGGCCAUGGCACCUACACCACCUACGCCAUCACCAACGCCUCACAGCUGCUGGUGCAGGAGACGCCAGCGGACAGCGUCAGGGUAGCCGUGUUGAUGACAGAUGGGGUGGACCAUCCCCGAAACCCUGAUGUGAUUUCAGCUGCAGCAGAGGCCAAAGGUCACGGUAUAAAGUUCUUUGCUGUGGGUUUGUCAGACAUUGCACAGCAGAGCCAGAAUAAUGCAAAGCUGCGUGCCGUCGCGAGCACGCCGGCGCAGCAGUUUGUCCAAAGUCUUCUCAACCCUCAACUGGAGGAGAAGCUGCUCAAAGAGAUGGUGAGUUUGGCUUUUUACGACCAUCACAUGUUGAAAUACUGAAAUAAGCACCAAUACAUUUACAGUGAAUGACUAUAGCCAGUAAGUCAAAAGAUUUAGAGCUCCCCCUGGUGACUGGCUGCAGUAAAAAUCUUAAAAGUAUAUGACAGACUGAAUAAUUGCAGACUGAUGCCCCACUUGCAGUUCUUGUAAGGAGAAUUAAGUUGAAACUGCCUUUUUCACAUCAUGGCCAGGGGACUACAGAUGAAAACUAGCCUUAUGGCUAAUUCUGGCUUUUUUUAACCAUGUGUAAUCAUGUGUUUUAUGAAAUUGCGCUGUCCCCUUUUAAAUAAACUAAUCUAAUCUAACCUAAUCUAUAACAAGUAUAAAACUACAGGAAUGAGAAUUCAGGUGGUCAGUUUCCUGCGGUGCUGGCUGAACAUACAAAGAGGUCCAAAGUGUAGCAGCAUCACCAAAGCUUCAGUACAGCAGCUCUGUAUCCAUAGAGCACAGAUUCUCCGACUGGAAAGACCUGGACUCGUUUCACAGUCAAGUCAGCACCAUGAACUACAUCGGCCAUGGCACCUACACCACCUACGCCAUCACCAACGCCUCACAGCUGCUGGUGCAGGAGACGCCAGCGGACAGCGUCAGGGUAGCCGUGUUAAUGACAGAUGGGGUGGACCAUCCCCGAAACACACAUUAAACUUCAGAUCCCUCAGGUUGAUACAGUCAGGAAUUUCAAUGACUCUUAUGUUAGUUUUCAUCACCGUUACUCCUCUACUCUGAUAAUCUGGUCCAGAUGCCAGGCCACCGGGAAUUGGCCCGAUGAUCCUGAUGGUCCAGUCCACUACUGGUUAUUACCAACGACAGUGACAGAAACCAUGUCUGAGAAGAACUCAUGAAGAGAUGGUGAGUUUGGCUUUUUACGACCAUCACAUGUUGAAAUACUGAAAUAAGUACUAAUACAUUUACAGUGAAUGACUGUAGCCUGUAAGUCAAAAGAUUUAGAGCUCCCCCUGGUGACUGGCUCUGUGUGUGGGUCUACCUAGUAACAGCAGGACUCUUCACAGGAAAAGCACCUUAUUUGACAGUUGGAUGUCUGUAAACUUCUGGCUAAAUUUAUAAAGUUUCAGACUCUGGCAACCCCCAAAAAAGAAAAAAAGGUGGACAUAGCUCUACACUAAGAGGAUCGUGACAAAAAAAAACUGAACCAGAUCCAAAUGAAACGUACCUUAACAUCUAUUGAAAAGAUCUAGGUCAGCCUACAAAUGCACAACUUCCGAGAUAAUAGCUGCAGCCGCUGUGGCUGACUGUCAGCAAGAAGAUGCUUCAGUGGUUAUCAACUAUGUGCCACUGAUGCCCCAGAGUCUGCAACCUCUAAUCACAACUGAACACCACAGAUACCAACUCCCUGUAUUCUCCCUGUCCUUUUGAUUGACAGUGAAAAAAAUACCCUAUAUAAGCUGCUGUUUCACUUCCUAUAGACGCACCGCUGAUCUACUGCACAUCCAGCUGCCUGUUAUGUUACAGCAGCAUGUAAUUUCUUUACCAGGGUGUUUACGUUCUGCCUCUUAUUCUGCACUUACUGUCCUCAAACCGGGUUCACAUCCCAGCGACAGAGUUGUGUCUCCAUGAGGGGAUUUUCCGAUCUGCUUUGCAUUUUCCACACACACACAUGCAGAAAUGUCAGGGUCAGGGCCUGUCUGAGAGAGUGGCACCGCUUGUUCUGCUUUCCAAAAAUGUGUGAUAUCAUUCAUUCUCAUCAGUUUCCUCCUAAAAGACAAAAAAGCAUAAAAAUAGAGUUAAUUCAUGAUAUCUCAAAAAUGUAACCUUUCUGAGUUAGUGCUGAGAUGAUUAACCUGUAAUUAAACUCUCACCAUUGAUGUUUAUGUCCUUGUAUUUCUCUUACAGAGUGCAGUCGCAGCUGAGGGGGUAAGUAUCACUCCUCUAAAUAGUUGGUUAAUAGUUUGGUAUAUGUGAGACCCUAACAUAGCAUAAAGAGCUCAAAGGUGAGCCGCUGAAGGAGUUACUUUAACCUGCAGCACUUCCAACUACCAGUAGGGGGGACUAAUUUAGUUAUAAAUGCAUCAAACUGUUGAUUUGACAAACUGCCUUCUGACCUGACGGUUAGUGUGUUAUUUUAACAUACUAAUGUACGUUCAAUUUGCUUCCUAUGACUUUGUUAAUAACAUACAAAUCAAGUCCGAGCUACAAAUGCCAAGCUAGCACAUCCAGUAGGCAACCCAUAUAAUUCAACAACAAUAACACACAUACAUUUAUGACCUUAACAGCCAUGUAGCUAUUUGCAUUUAUGUUUGACUAGAUUCAGAACUCGUUGCUUAAACUGUAUAUGUAAGUUCAUUGUUGUAAUCUUGCAAGUUCUGUUAUAGUUGUUUGAGAGGCGGAUUGCAGAAAUUCUGGUCAAGCUACGACUGCUAAGCUAGCAUCCCUGCUAGAUUGUCAAGACUUAUAAAGCCAUGUAGCUGUACGAAUAUUGUCUUGACCACCCAUAGAGUGUGUUAUUUAGAAUUUGCUGGCUGUUGCUAGGUUACAAGCUCCACUACUGCAUUGUUAGAAGAGCUGCAGUAGAUCUGGGGGUGGUUAAGGAUGACAAAUGAGUAUGAUCCAUCUACAUCAUCAACAAAUCGGCAGAUCUCUGUAAGGGUUUGGCUACCUUUGACGAAUAAGUUGCAACCAAUAUAGUCCCCAAAAGGAUUUUUCUUUUUACACCUGGUUGUACCAAUAGAGUUCCAAAAAUAAGAUUUCUAUUGUUUAAUAUGUUUCUGUAAUUACCAAAAAUCCUUAGCGAAUCAUUCCACUCAAAUAGCUCCCCUCUUACGGUGUCUGUGAUGGUCAUAGCUUCUCUGACUUGUAUUUUCAUUCCUCAUAGUGUCCUCAGGCUCAGGUGUGUUUGUGUGAAAGAGGAGAGAGGGGCCAGCCAGGAAGUCCAGUGAGUCAUAUUUACUUCUAACUUUUUCAGACAUACUCAGUAACAUUCAGACUUUUAAAAGCUGUAACAACAUUUUCAGGGUAGAAAAGGAGACGCAGGCUUCAGGGGGGCGCCUGGUCAAAAAGGAGCGAGGGUGAGUAAAGUCACAGAGAUGAAUUUGGUGUAUGACUUCAUGAUGCUAAUGGUAAAGGUGUUUCUGUUAAAAAGGGGGAGUCUGGCUUAAGUGGUCGACCUGGAAGUGAAGGCCCAGAGGUAAAAGAUUUUCCCUUUUCCUCUUCUAUGGUAACUUUUCAUCAGAGUCAGUACAGACCAAAACUGUUUCUCUUUUACAGGGACGUCCAGGUUAUAAGGGCAAUAAGGUGAGUAGUAAAAACACUGACCAACACAUGUUUUUAUUGUUUUAUAUUAUCAUAAUAACUAAGCAGAGGGUGUCUGUAUGCUGUAUUUGGUCUUCUAGGGGGAGAGAGGAGACUGUGGCACUCCGGGGGAAAAGGGUGACACUGUAUGAGCUUUACCAACUACACUAUGUCAACUAAUACCAUGAACUUUAUCCUCAUAAUGAAUCAAGUGUUAAAAUGCAGGGACCUGAGGGACCUCCAGGCCCGCGAGGACAAAAAGGAAAUCAGGUAUUGCACGGAUAUAUAUUCUCAGAGUAUCAGAGUGAACAUGGUCGAUAUUACAGGCUAGUUCUUGGAGGUCAGAAUAACAUUUAAUAAGAUACAUGCCUCAGAGCUGCAAACAUGUCUGUGGAUGUCACGCUAUAGAGAAUACUUCACAUGGUAAAUACGUCACUGAUUUAAUCCAUUAUUUUUUAUUAUUACUCGGCUGCUGUUAUUAUUUAACUUGGUGUCUGAGUGCCUUGGUGCAGCCUUACAGAGUCAUGUAAACUCUCACACAGAGUAAUAUUGAGAGAAUUUAUAUGAUCGUCUCUCUUUUUAACACAUUUUUGAAUUCUGAAGUAAUUCCCUGAUUUCUUAUUUUACUUUUUUUACUCAUUUACUCAUUGAACAUAUGUUCGCUGCCUGAAGUUAGUAUUGAUACACAGACAUCACAACAGUUUGUCCACUCUCUAAUAUGAAAAAUGGAAGUGGAAUUUGUCUCGUAUUCAUCUCUGCACUAAUGGAAUGUGAAUAUUGGCUUAUGGGUAAUCCUGAUACUAAUGUGGCUGUCCAAAGCAGGGAAUCCAGGCUUGCAGGAUAUUAUUCUUCUGCAGGAACAGACUUUGUGAGGUGGGAUUAGUGCAGCCCUGCUCUACUCUUCCUCCUCUGUGCUACUGGCACAGUGUCAGUAUAACCUUGUUAUUUUUUUUUGAGCUUGGCAUGAGAAUUGAAGGACAUGAAAGCCAUGAAUGUUGGUUUUAAUCCCGAUGUUCUGUCCAUCGAGUGGUGAUGGGCGGGUCUUGACCUGGAGUUUGGUCAUACAACAUGGGGGGCUCAUGGAUGAACUUUUUUGUGUCUGACUUUUGUUGCAAGAAAAACAAAUCACCUCAGUUGUGUGAAUGGAAACGCUUGGUUGGAUACUGGUUGGUUGAAAUGCAAUUGCAAUUUUACAUUUUGCAUUGAGGACUGUUUAAGAUUUGAGUUUUGUGUUUCAGGGCGCAUUAGGACCACCAGGAGACAUGGGCGCUGAGGGCCCAACUGGACCUAAAGUGAGUGUUUACACCUGAAAAUUGACUGUGAUUCAGGAGAACUUUGUUUAUUUUCAGCUCUGGUAUGAUUUCACAUUUAAAUACUUGGUAACACUUUACAGUAACCAUAACUGAUAAAUGGAAAAUAGACAACCUUUCCACUUUUAAAACACUUCUGAAGACGCACUUGUUCACUUUAGCUUUUGGGGAAGUAUAGCUACUUUUAUUGGGUAUUUUAUUUAUGUGCUAUGUUUAUCUAUAUUGCUGUUUUAUGUUUUUAUAUGUUUUAUGCUUUUAUUGUUUUUAUAAUUGUUUUUACUGUGUCUGGCUAUUUACUGUAAAGCACUUUGGUAUGCCACUGGCUGUUUUUAAAUGUGCUAUAUAAAUAAAGCUGACAUUGACAUUUAUAAAUGGUAAGCAGAUAGUUUAUUAAUGUUUAAUCAUCAUUUAUAAAUGGCAUAUAGACCAUUAAUAAAUUGUAAAUUUUACAAUUUUAAAAACCUAACCCCAACUUUACAAUAACCAUCUAAGUAAUGUUUAUAGAUGGUUUAAAAACAAAUAUUAACCAUUUACAAGGUGCUACUGACACACAUUUAAAUUACAACCAAUAUUUAAACCCUAUGUAAACCUUUAAUAAAUAGUCCAUUAAUAAUUAAUGAAAAUUAAUCACAAUUUCAUUACUUGUUAAUGGUAAAGUAACUACAAACUUACAUUAAUAAACUAUCUAUUUGCCAUUUAUAAUUGGUCUAUAUGCUGUUUUUAAAUUAUGACUAAACAUUAAUAAACUAUCUAUUUACCAUUUAUAAAUUAUGGUAAUUGUAAAGUGUCACCAAAUACUUUUACAACAUAGUUAGUUUUCUGAUUUUGUGAAAAUAUUUUCAAAAAUAAUGUAGAAUUUUGUUUGAAUAAUUUAGUUAUUUUCCAGAGCCUAAAUUUCUACCUUUAAUUUCCUAAAGACACGCACCAUUCAUUAAGUCAGUGAUGUUUAAUUGGGUAAGCAAAUUACCAUUAGAGUCCUGGUUCUUCGUGCACUCACUGCACUCUCCAGACAUGUUCCCACACAACAUUUGUACUGUCACUUUAGAUUUGGGUGAAAAAGGAGGAAGAAUAAAACUGACCUUUUAAAUGUGUGCCCAGGGCUAAUAAGAUGCUGAUUCCUUCAUCACCACAGAGCCGCUCAGCUGCUGUUCGACAAAGAUGUCUUUAUCCUGAUGACAUAAAAAGUGAUUUAUAACGCGUGAAGAAAAAGUCCAGAUAUGAAUCAAGUGAAAGUUUUAUAGCAGGACAAAGUGCCGGUCUUUAUUUCCAAACAGUAAGUCAAGUUGAAGCUCAGCUUGAUGGAUUUUUGUGGCAUUUAGUUUGCUAUUAAAUUCUCAUAGUGUGUCCACAAAGGCGACAUGAACAUGUGCACAAAGGUUGAGGUUUUGCUCUGACCUUCUUGUAGUUCCGGCAAAUUGUUCAGUUUCCUGCGUUAUUUAUUUUUUUGGCAUCAAACUAUGUUUUUCAUUUUAACAAGAGUUUUGCUUUUUGCGUGUUUAAUCGUGGAAAGUUAAGUUGCGUCUUUUUAAUAUCAAAUUAAGGGUUUGUAACGCGCAUUGUGUUCAGGGAUCAGAGGAGAGAACUUAAGGGUGGCGUCAUCUGCAUAGAUAUAGAGCAAUCAGUUGGUACAGGUUAGAAAACGAGGCCAAAAAAACAUUUUAAAAAAGACAGUUUCUCAUUGAUUUACAUUUUAAAUGUUUUAACAGAGUUGAUCUAUUAUGACAUGCUACUCUUGCUUCACUUGCAACAGGGAGACCGAGGGCCUAUGGGGGUUUCUGGACCACCAGGAGACAUCGGUAUUGGAUUCCCAGGAGCCAAGGUCAGUUCUUUGUGUUAAUCUAAACUCCGUAAAAACAUCCUCUACAGCUGUAUUAUCCUCCUAAAAUCAAAUGUACCCUUAAUGCAUUCUCAAGUGGGCUGAGGAUGUCUGGUUUUCUUCUCAAGGGAAACUUUUUUACCUUUCUUCUGGAGACAUUUAUGGAGCGGCUUUGCGUGAUUUACAGUUAAAAAUAAUCUCCAUACUGGCAUCUUUAAAAGCCCCCAUCUCAGCGCUUCACUUCGGUUGUUCUACCACUGAUUUAUGUGUUGGUUAGUUAGAUGCUGCUUCUCUGUGUUAAUUUUUACAGUUAGGUAGUCACAAAAUGAUCUAUAACGUCUCAGGCUAGCUGUUAAAUGUUGUUCCUUUGCCUGCUGUCAUAUUAUUUACAGCUUGUGGUUUCAAGCAUUUAUGUAAGGUCUCUCUGAUGGAACAGCUCCAGGUUUCAGUGUUAGUUGAGAUGUAAAUCCAACUUGUACUAGCCUUUGUUUUUAAAAGUGUUAUUUUUGCUGUGGUUCAAUAUGAAUAUUCAACAUUAUAACGUUAUAGUUUGUAUUUAAUUACAGAGCAGCGUAAAAGGUUUCCCUUUAAACCAAACAUUUUUAUUUGUGGGGUCAAAGCAGCUGUUACUCUAAAGUUAAAGGACUUUUGUGGAGCUAAUAAAGUUGCUUAUGCCAACUUGAAACUUGUUCCUUCAUGAUAGUAAAAGAGAUGAUAUGGUCUAGAAGAAGUGUGCUGACUUUUUUUAAUGCUCACAGGGUGAAAAGGGAAUUCAGGGGAGAGCAGGUCCCAUAGGUCCUGUUGGGAUUGGAGAACCAGGACUUUCAGUGAGUAUGAAAACAGAGGAUAAAGAUGCUGGUGUGAGUCUUGACUCUGUUUUUAAGGAGAUGACGUAAAACUGGCAAGAUAGGUUAAACCUUGUAAGACAACUGUAUUUCAAAAGUUAAAAAGUGUAAGGGUGUAUACAUUUUUUUUCUUUUGAGUGCUCCUGGUAAAGCUCAACAUCUGCUUUAUUAUAUUUUACCCAGUAGCUGUGCUUUUUAUGUGUGAAAGGCUGUCAAUCAUGAGCAAGUUCUCUGUGGUUUUUACUCACAUCCAUUUAAAGGAUUUCUGUAAAAUGCAGUUUGACACAUUUCUGCUCCCUGCUGCCACCUGGAGGACUACUACUGCACCUUCUAACUGGAUGAUGGACUCCCCCUUUUUUAAAGACUUCUUUACUCCUUUAUAUCUGAUAAGAAAGAAAAUUUGCAGAAUAUUAUUUGAUGCUUUUUUUUGUACAAGGGACCUCCAGGACAACCAGGAAUACAAGGAAGCCCUGGACCACCUGGAGAGGGGUUUCCAGGUCCAAAGGUGGGUUUAAUUUGUAACUCUGAGUGGGGAGUGGGCUUGUUAAUUUGGGGAUAUUUUCUUAAAUACAAGCAGAGCAAAUGAAAAACUGUUUCAAGGAUCUUUAUCAAGAAUUGUGCAUUUACUUAAAAAGCAUGUUUAGAAGUGAAGCUCGGGUAACCAUUAUAAAAGAGCUGUUUUAUGAACAUUAGUGUGUUCAGUGUCAGACCUUCUGCUGCUGUUUCAGGGUGAUCGAGGAUAUCAGGGUCCGAGGGGGAAUCGGGGACCUCCUGGAGUUGGGGUCAAAGGUGACAAGGUACAGCUACUCGAAUAUCCACAGACAUGCCUGUCAUGAAAAUAAAAAUGAUUUGACCUUAACAAGUUAUUAAUACCAGACUGUGAAAAUAUUUGACAACAAGGGAGUUUAAGUGGUAAAAAUGUCUGAAGUGAAAGGAGAUUCUUCGGUCUGAUGAUUCCUGUCAAUCUAUUAAUAUUAUAUAUGAUAUUUCUAGAGCAGUAAUGCUGCUCCUGUAAGGUUAAGUUUAAUAUGACUACUGUAAAUAUAAAGAAUCAGCUCAGUCUAAAUGUUUUUACACAUCUGAGGAGUUUAACUUACAGCUGUGAUUUCUGUGUUCACCUCACUGUAUUGCGUGAACCAUCUAUUUAGAAAAUGUCUAUAUUUCCCAGUUUAGAUAAACAGACCAGUCAGAUAGAUAGAUAGAUAGAUAGAUAGAUAGAUAGAUAGAUAGAUAGAUAUGUACUGAACCUGUUUUGAAUUUCCCUAAAGGGAGGUCUUGGACCACCUGGGAUUACAGGUCCUGUUGGUUCUCCUGGAGUGGGAUUUCAAGGAGAAAAGGUAAAUGUGGUGUUCGUGUAUAUCAGACGAUUAAAUCCUGACUGAAGUUUGUGCUGCAUUCACAGCCACAUACAAACAAUGACAUUGUUGGAAAAGCUGCCACUGUUCACCACCUGCUCACUGUGUUUUGGUCGUUGAAUUUGUCUCUGUCUCCCAGGGAGAUCUGGGUCCCGUUGGACCUGCAGGCCCCAGAGGAGCUCCAGGUACUGGAAUCACUGGGCCAAAGGUGAGAAAGGAGGGGGGCAUCUAUGAUCUAUAUUUAUCUAUAUUUAUCUCAGGUAAUAGUGAUGGACAGUCAACUGAUUCUCUGUCUGAUUACAUCUAAAUUACUUUGCAUAUUUUAUCACAUAAUAGGUCUGAUUAAAAAAAACUGGCCUGUCAAUCAAAUGUAUGUUUUAAUCUGUCGUCCCCUCAGUCACGGAGACAGCUCCAGUUUUGACUCUUCUAUUUAUAUCACAAGCUCUAUUCUGUUUAAUCUCCUAACACCUGUUUUUAAUCUCUAUUAAAGGUGAUUUCAGAUUAAAAUUAUGAUCAAGUUUUACACAGAUGCUCUUAUAUUUGUGCAGUUUUUGUUGAUCUUUAUGGUGUAUUUUACUUUCACAUCUACACUCAAACCUGUAUUGUUGGAUCUUAAUACUUGCUCUGGUAUUAUCAAUAUUUUUCGAAUCACAUUCAUUUUAAGUGAAUAAAUAAGACUUCACAUACGCUGUUACUUUCAGGGAAGUCAAGGACCUCCAGGUGAUCCAGGAUCACCAGGUGCGAGAGGUGUGGGACAAGCAGGACCCAAAGUAAGUCUUUGUCCAUCACUCAGAGGUCAAAUAACCUUUUCUCAUUGGUUCACUGUAUGUCCAAUCAGUCUUCCUACUGCUGAUAAUGUCAGCUGUUAUUUCCUCUUUCAGGGUGACCCUGGAUCUGAGGGGCUUAUAGGAAUACCAGGUCAGCCAGGAGAGGAUGGAUCCCCGGGACCAAAGGUUGUAAAAACGUCUUUUUUACUUUUUUCCUAAUAUUUCAUGCCAGUCUUUUGCUGUAUUGACUGUUUCUUCAUGACCACAGGGUGACAUUGGGUUGCCGGGGCCGAGGGGACCUGACGGUGCUCCUGGUAAAGGUGUACCUGGAGCAAAGGUAACGUGAUGCAUCGAUGAAGAUGUAUUUUCCAAUAAUUAAAGUCAAUUCAGAGUAUUAUUGAGAGGGGUAUGUGACGCAGUGUUGUGUUGCUCUGCAGGGGGACAGAGGGGACAGGGGGACAAGAGGUCCACCAGGUGCAGUCGGCCCUGUUGGUCCAAUGGGACCAAAGGUAAGUACAUGCUAACCAGAAAAAAGCAAGUGAUGUAACAACUAAAUAUUAACAUUUCUACACACAACACAUGAAGAUACCUCCCUGAAGGACAUUAGAGGCUCUGUGAAAAUUAACACGACAUAACUAUCUGAGGGCGCCACUUUAGCUCGGCUGGUAGAUACUCCAUGUAAACAAAGUAUUUCUUCUCCUUCAGGGUGAACUUGGAAUAAUGGGGCUACCAGGAGCACCUGGACCACCUGGGAGGGGAAUAGCUGGUGCAAAGGUAACAUCAAAAUCACUCAGAUUUAACCAUAAACAGCAACAGCAGGUUGACUUAUAUGUUUAUUUUUGUGUGCAUUUUCAGGGAGACCCGGGUCCAAGGGGUGCUGCUGGAGCCAUGGGAGAACCAGGGAUUGGUUUAAGUGGACCAAAGGUGGGUUUAUCUCAGGUGUGCAGAGUGACGGUCAUGACAUGUAUUAAUUUAAAAGGUGUGUUUUGGUUGUUAGGGAGACAGAGGGUCACCUGGACCUGCUGGACCACCUGGACUGAAAGGUGACGGUUACCCCGGUCCACCAGUGAGUACAAACUUAGAUUAUAACCUCACUUUAUAUUCACUAAAAUCAGCCGUUACUGUCUGGUUUAAUCGACCUCUGUGUCUCAGGGGGUUUCUGGACCUCCUGGUCUGCCAGGAGAAAUUGGAGCUGAUGGUGUCGGGUUACCAGGACCAAAGGUAAAAGUUCGUCAAACAUGGACGGUAUUUUAUAAAACUGGAAUAUUGUUAAUUUUGGUCUUAGAAGUUUCAAGAUUUGGAGACUUUCAGGCAGUUUUUUUAAUCUCUGUUUGAGAUCAGACACCAAAUAUAGUUCUUGACAAAUGUUUAUGAAUAAUUUUGUUUCAAGGGAGACCGGGGUCUGCCUGGACCUCCUGGACCUGCUGGGCCACCAGGGAUUGGUCUGAUGGGUUCAAAGGUAAUCUGUCUGUUUCCUAACAGCAGUGUUAAAGUUGUGGGUUUUGUUUUUUGGCUUGUGAUGGUGGCGUCCAAAAGACUCACAGUUCUCCUUUUUUUCUUAAGGGUUCUGUCGGCAAAGUGGGCCCACCUGGUCCACCGGGGUUACCUGGAGAGGGCAUCCAGGGUCAAAAGGUAUCACUAUACACUGUCAGUUACAGACUUAAGUAAGAAAAAAAGGUACCUGAAGAGGAUUGAGGACAGUAGAGAGACAUUUUGGGGACGUCAGUUUUUCUUCUCUGUUUUUCAGGGGGAACCUGGGUUUCAGGGGAUCUCUGGUCCCAGAGGUCCUCCUGGACAAGGUCUGCAGGGGGACAAGGUAAUAAAAUAUAUCGUCAGUAGUGAAAUAUAAAGAGUUGCAUCAAAUCUGAAGAAGAGCAUCCCGAAAGUGCACAUAAAAUAACAACGCAACCUCCAAUACAGAAGGUUAUUAAGGCUGGUAUCUGUUUUCUCAGGGUGAACGAGGAUUCAGGGGUGAAAAAGGACUAAAGGGAGAGAGAGGAGAACCUGGAGAGGCCGGUGCAAUCGGACCUGUGGUACUGGAUUUAGUUUUAAGAGUUACUCAUGUACCUUCAACUACAUUGUACAAAGACUACUAACGACUUUUUCACAUUACAGGGUAGAGGGGGUCAAAAGGGGGAGCCUGGUCUUACGGUGAGUCAAGUCCAUCAGUCCAAAUACAGAACAUUAUCACAGCAGCAGCUUCAUAGACUGUUGACCUCGGGUCCUGGACUAUGUCACUUUAUCCUAGUUGUAGAAGUCCUGCAAACAUUGUGUUUGCUGGUAGUCUGUUGGCAUCUACAGUAGCACCAAUGCUGUUUACUUUCAAGUUGACUGGGCCCCAUUUGUAAUGAUCUGAAGUAUUUAUCUGCAGUAGGCUAUAUCUGAAUUUAAUCGGAACGAUACGAGCGAGCAGGAGCGUCUGUUUGUAGAGUUUAUAUUCAAGAUUUCUCCCAAAAACUGGCACUUCCUCAGAUCCUGACCACCCCACCUUUAAAUCAUUUUAGACAUGUGAUGUCGCAGAAAACUCAAAGUAUGAACCAAAGCUGCCUCUUUCUUACAGAGGGAAGAAAUCAUCAAAAUAGUGAGGUCCAUCUGCAGUAAGUAAUCGAGGACUCAGAAGUUGAUAUUUUGGACUUGGUGUUUGUCCUCUUUAUGACCGGUCCUUCUGUCUCUUCAGGCUGUGGAGUGACCUGCCGUCAAACCCCCCUGGAGCUGGUUUUUGUGAUCGACAGCUCAGAGAGCGUCGGCCCCGACAACUUCAACAUUAUCAAAGACUUUGUAAACGCCCUGAUCGACCGAGCUUCGGUCAGCAGGGACACCACGCGGGUGGGUGUGGUCCUCUACAGCCACAUCAACAUGGUGGUGGUCCACCUCAGACAGGAAGCCACGCGUGAUGAGAUCAAGUCCGCCGUGCGAUCCAUGACCUACCUGGGCGAGGGCACGUACACAGGCAGCGCCAUCCAUCAAGCCAACCAGGUGUUCAAGGCGGCGAGGGCGGGUGUGAGGAAGGUGGCCAUCAUCAUCACGGAUGGGCAGGCGGACAAAAGAGACGCCGUCAGUCUGGAGAGCGCCGUGUCGGAGGCUCAGGGGAGUAACGUGGAGAGGUUUGUGAUCGGGGUGGUGAACCAGAGUGAUCCCCUGUAUGAAGAGUUCAAGAAGGAGCUCAAUCUGAUGGCCUCUGACCCGGACAGCGACCACGUCUACCUGGUAGAUGAAUUCAGGACGCUCCCAGGUGAGCAUGACGGCCACAUAAAGGGUCAAUUCACCCAAAUUUCAAAACAAAGAUUUUGUCAAGAGUAAAGUUUUGGUUUGAUGUGACCCGAGCUUCAGUGAUCUGCUAUCUGAACUAAACGAUUUUCUGCAGCUAGCUACCUCAAACAAAUAUGAGAAAUUUGCUGUACUGUGGGGUUCCCCAAGGCUCCAUUCUGGGGCCACUCCUGUUCAACAUUUACAUGCUCCCUCUAACUCAAAUCAUAGCAAACAACAAAAUAUCUUACCAUAAUUAUGCAGACGACACACAGAUUUACAUAACCAUAUCGCCAGGCGACUACAAUCCAAUACAAACACUGAGUCAGUGUAUUGAACAAAUCAACGAUUGGAUGUGUCAGAAUUUUCUUCAACUAAACAAAGAUAAAACUGAAGUAAUUGUAUUUGGAGCAGAAGAAGAGCGAUUAAAAGUCUGUGCUCAGCUUCAAUCGAUAAUGUUAAAAAGCACAAACCAAGCCAGAAACCUUGGCGUUGUCAUGGACUCAGACCUGAAUCUCAACAGCCACAUAAAGACAAUUACAAAGUCAGCCUACUGUCACCUGAAGAAUAUAUCAAGGGUCAAAGGACUGAUGACCCAGCAGGAUUUGGAAAAGCUUGUCCAUGCAUUUAUCUUCAGCAGACUUGACUACUGUAACAGUGUCUUCACAGGUCUCCCCAAAAAUCCAUCAGACAGCUCCAACUGAUUCAGAAUGCUGCUGCUCGAGUCCUCACUAAGACCAAGAAAGUAGAUCAUAUCACUCCAGUUCUCAGAUCUUUACACUGGCUUCCCGUCUGUCAAAGAAUUGAUUUUAAGAUACUAUUGCUGGUUUUUAAAGCACUGAAUGGAUCAGGACCAAAAUACAUUUCUGAUAUGCUGAUACGUUACGAACCAUCCAGACCGCUCAGAUCAUCAGGAGCAGGUCUGCUCUCUGUCCCCAGAGUCAGAACUAAACGUGGAGAAGCAGCUUUUAGUUUUUAUGCUCCUCAUAUCUGGAACAAACUCCCUGAAAACUGUAGGUCUGCUGAAACUCUCAGCUCUUUUAAAUCACAACUGAAAACGCAUAUGUUUGCUGUGGCCUAUCAUUAAAUCAAACCUGAGGCCUUUAAUCAACAUCUUCAUCAUCUGCCUGUCUUGAUCUUUUUUUCUAUCUCUCCAAUCUAACCUUUGUUUUCUUUUAUCUUCAAUCUUACUUUAGCUUUGAAUGUAACUUUUAAUCUGUUAAAUGUCUUUUACGCUGUUUUUACUUUUUAAAUUGUGUUGAAUGUUUUGCCUGCUUGUUUCAUGUAAAGCACCUUGAAUUGCCCUGCUGCUGAAAUGUGCUAAACAAAAAAGAGAAAUUUGCUGUACUGUAUAAAUUGACUUUACUGUUUUCUUUCAGCCCUGGAAAAGAAACUGCUGAGUCGCAUCUGUGAGGAUGGAGACCGACGUUUGUUCAGCACCAUCCCGAGCUCCAGACUGCCUCCAGGAAUCCCAGAGGCCUCGAGUAACGUUCGAGAACCCCCGUACAGGACGGAUACCGACACGCCCACCUUCACAGGAGACUUCAGGAGACUUCACGCAGGGGUGAGGGAAACAAAUCCGUCAUUUUGCUUUUUGAAACUUACCUGAACAGGUCUGCAGCAGAAGGAUGAUCCUCUGUUCUGUUACAGCCCGGCCCACCAGCACCGCUACCCAAAAGAGAACCCAUCGCUCCACAGAGACCCAAGACUGACGAUAGAUCCUCCACAGUCACUCAGAGGUUGCCAUUUUUUGACUGGGAGCCCUUCAGACCUGUGACAGAGUUCGGACCGCAGUUUGACAUGAAGGAUCCCGACCGCCACAAGGUGAUGACGGGAGCCGUCGGGCCUGCGGGUCCCACCCUGAAAGUCCUGCCUGAGGAGAGGACGCCGGCGCCUACAGCCACAACUCCUUCUCUGCAGCCAUCAGAAAACCUCAAAUCAGGUUAUAGUUUACAAAAGAGAGGAAGAUGGUGGAACGAGGACUGAUUUUACUCCAACUGUGGGCUACAUGUUGAUAAUAACCAUCUUGUUUUGAUGUUCCCAAACAGAGCGGUGUGGCCACGUCCUAGAUCCAGGACCUUGCCGGGACUACGUGGUGAAGUGGUACUACGACGCCACGGCUAACUCCUGCGCUCAGUUCUGGUUCGGAGGUUGCCUCGGAAACAACAACCAGUUUGAGACCGAGAAGCUCUGCAAAGAGAUCUGCGUCAGAGCCUAACACCUCACAGCCGUUAGUCCUAAACAUCCCUGAUAAUCAAGUAUUUUUCUGUGACUUGAUGUCCUAGUAUUAAACCUGUAGUUACUUUAACAUGGAUAGUUAUGAAAAGUUACACAAGAGGCAUCAUCAGCGAGUCAAAUUACAGAUUAAAAUGUGAGUAUUUCCUUUUUCUCUGCCUGAAGGACUUUGGUCUUAAUCGUGAACAAGCAAAGCUAAUGCAGAUAAUGGACUUGUGAUGUUACUUACACACUGUUGAACAGCAUCGUUGAAAAAAAUAAAAAUAAAAAACUUCA